UACAUUGCUAACUGUGACAGAAAUUUCUUAAGCACAAACUACUAGUUUAGUAGACUGCGGUAAAAAUUGGGCCCUAGAAAAAUACGCGGRCUCCCUCGGGCUCCCUGUGCUUUUGAGCAACAAAACAUUAGAAAUGGCGGCAAAGAAGAGAAAGUUGAAUGAAGUAAAAAGCGAUGAYGAAGUGAAAUUUCCAGAUGUCAAGAUUCACAUUUUACCUCAAAGAAUACAAAAGGCCAGGUUGAAUAUUUUGAAAGCUGCAGCCCGUCGAACAGGCUUCGAAAUCGURGAGAACUUCAAUGAUUCUGUGACACAUGUCGUCAGUCAGUACGACAACAAAGAGAAAGUUAUAGAAGUCCUUAAAAGAAAGAGUGUGAAGAAUAUUGAAAUUGUCCGAUUAGACUGGCUAACUGCAUGUACAUCUACUGGUAAGCCAGUUCCUGUAAYAGAUGGGUAUAGAAUACAGCCAAAAAUGCAAGCAAGCCCUGGAAAAGGUACUUCCAGUUCAACAUCUAAAGAUUCCAAACUUAGUACAGAUACCAAGGAAGCAAAGUAUAUCUGCCAAAAACCUGCUCCUUUGAAUCAUCCAAAUAAAAAAUUUACUGAAGCCCUGGAAAUACUUGAACGGCAUGCCUUAUAUGCAGACAGCAGUCACAGGGACUCAAGAGCACUUGCAUUUAGAAGAGCAUCCUGUAGUUUAAAGACCCUGCCAAAAAUGGUGACUUGCAAAGAAGAUUUUGUCAAUCUUAACAAUAUUGGAGAGCAUAGUAGGAAAGUCAUUGAGGAAAUCCUUGACAAAGGUUUUUGUGAUGAAGUUGAAGAAAUUAGAAACAGUGAUUUCUUCCAGGCACAAGAGAACUUUUCUCACAUCUAUGGAUGUGGUCCUGCCACGGGACGUAAAUGGUUUGACAAAGGYUACAGUACAAUAGAUGACUUAAGGAAAGCUCUAAAAAAUGAGGCACUGAAAGUCAAUGGACAGCAACAAGUGGGUAUCUUGUAUUAUGAAGGAGUUGCGAAUGGUGUAACAAGACAGGAGGCAGACUCUAUUACCACCAUUAUCACAAAACAACUUGAUGAGUUGGUUCCUGGCUGCACUGUGGAACUAGUUGGUGGAUACAGAAGAGGGAAGCCAUCUGGUCAUGAUGUUGAUAUAUUGGUUACUCAUCCAGAAGACAUUAAAAUCCCAAGCCUUUUACCUAAUCUUGUACAGAGAUUGGAUCAGCUUGGCCACAUUGUUCAUAAAGACAUGUCGAUAGGUAAAAACCCAUUGCAUCGUGAAAAAGACUCUAAAGCACAAUAUAAAGUACAAGUAGGUGGGGUGAUGGACCACCUGGACCAUUGUUUUUGUAUGUUCAAAAUGGACACACAUGCAGCAGAGGUGACACCAGACAUAAUACGACGWGUSGAUAUCAUUGUUUCAYCUCAUGAACAGUAUCCCUGGGCCCUUGUUGGUUGGACAGGAUCAAAGCAAUUCAAUAGAUCUCUAAGACUUUAUGCCUCAAAAGAACUCAACAUUGCUGUGUCAAACCAUGGGGCAUGGGACAGAAAUCAUACGCCACCUCAAAAAAUCAAGGCAGCCAGUGAAAAAGAAAUUUUUGAAGUCUUAAAGCUACCAUAUUUGGAGCCACAUGAUAGGAACUGUUAGUUKCAGCAAAAAGCAUAUAUUUUGAGACCAUUCCCUAAUAAAUUUAUAUUUUUAUCUGUAAAAACUGUAAAAAUGAAUUUUUUUAUUUCAUUUCAUGUUAAAAUUUCAAAAAACAAUUCAUGGUAUWAAAUAUAUUUUAUAAUUCAAUUAAAUUUCCCAAGUAAUUUGCUAGUGCUAUUUACGUUACCCAUUUUGAUAAUAAUUUUAGCAGAUCAAGACUGGUUUGUAAUCAUUCAAUUAUUAUUGUAUAUAAAUGUUAAA